CACAAGUUACUACUAGUGUAUCAAAUGUGUUAAGGGUGCGAGGAGAUUUCAAACUACGAAACAAAAUGUCGCCUGUGUCAGUGAAAAGGAUAACGUGUGCAGUGUUGUUGGUGGCGCUGAUUAGUCACACAAGUGGUCAGACGGAUUAUUGUGAACCGACGUUAUGUAAGAACAACCUAGUACAUGUAGGAUGUGGCAAGAGCGAGAAUUACGGCCCAUACUGUCCCAUCGAUCGACAGCUGGUGCCGAUGACGGAGGAGGUCAAAACCUACAUCCUAGACCUGCACAACGUGUUCCGUGCCAAUGUGGCACGUGGUGAGGUGACCAACUAUUCUCCUGCCUCUCGCAUGCCAACGCUGAUCUGGGAUGAAGAGCUGCAGAAGCUGGCCGAGUAUAAUGUGAAAACCUGCAUCUACGGGCACGAUUACUGUCGCAACACGAAGCUGUUCCCGCUGGUCGGCCAAAACAUUGCCGCCAACUCGUUCUACGGCAUGGAGGUGACACCGCUCGACACCAUGACUGAGCUGCUGCACAGCUGGUACGCGGAGAACGAGAAUGCCAACCAGGAUUACAUCGACAACUACCCGCUGCUCGGACAAGAUCCACCCAAGGAUAUUGGACACUUUACGCAGAUCGUGAUGGACAAGGCGACGGCCGUCGGGUGCGCCAUGAUCCAGUACACGCAGAACGAGCAGGGCCACGAUUGGGUGCACCAGAACUACGUCUGCAACUACUCCAACUCGAUCGCCCGUGGCCAUCCGGUCUACAUAAAGGGCAAUCCGUGCGAGUUGUGCGUGACGGGCUGCAGCGCCAACUAUCCGGGCCUGUGCAACAUCGGUGAACCCGUGCAGCCUACGGCGGCGUGGUGAAGGGGAAGAUGUUCACCGCUUCCAGCACAAAAAAAAAACCGUGUAUUUCUCGUACAUGUAAUGUUAUGUAAUUUAUUUGUACAAUUACCCGAGAGCAUGUGUCCCCGUAAGCCACUACUAUGUACGACACCACUGUUAACUUCCUCCCCCCUCCCUUAGCAAAAAGGACGAUGACAUUAAACGAAACGAUCUACGAUACGAGCGCUA